AAACAUGAUUCCAGUGACAGAAUUCCGGCAGUUCUCUGAGCAGCAGCCUGCCUUCCGGGUGCUGAAGCCAUGGUGGGAUGUGUUUACCGACUACCUCUCGGUGGCCAUGCUGAUGAUUGGUGUGUUUGGAUGUACUUUACAGGUCAUGCAAGACAAGAUAAUCUGCCUUCCGAAAAGAGUGCAGCCUGCUCAGAACCAGUCUUCCGUUUCGAAUGUCUCUCAGGCAGUUGCCAGUACCACCCCACUGCCUCCACCUAAACCAUCUCAUACCAACCCUGUCACUGUGGAAAUGAAAGGACUGAAGACAGACUUAGACCUUCAGCAGUACAGUUUCAUAAACCAGAUGUGUUACGAGCGAGCCCUCCACUGGUAUGCCAAAUAUUUCCCUUACCUUGUCCUCAUCCAUACCCUGAUCUUCAUGCUCUGUAGUAACUUUUGGUUCAAAUUCCCUGGCUCCAGCUCCAAAAUAGAACAUUUUAUCUCCAUCCUGGGGAAAUGUUUUGACUCUCCCUGGACAACACGGGCUUUAUCUGAAGUGUCUGGGGAGGAUUCAGAAGAAAAGGACAACAGGAAGAACAACAUGAACAGGUCCAACACCAUCCAGUCUGGUCCAGAAGGCAGCCUGGUCAACUCUCAGUCUUUAAAGUCAAUUCCUGAGAAGUUUGUGGUUGAUAAAUCCACUGCAGGGGCUCUGGAUAAAAAGGAAGGUGAGCAAGCAAAGGCCUUAUUUGAGAAGGUAAAGAAGUUCAGACUGCAUGUGGAAGAAGGUGAUAUACUAUAUGCCAUGUAUGUUCGCCAGACUGUACUUAAGGUUAUCAAAUUCCUAAUCAUCAUUGCAUAUAAUAGUGCUCUGGUUUCCAAAGUCCAGUUUACAGUGGACUGUAAUGUUGACAUUCAGGACAUGACUGGAUAUAAAAAUUUUUCUUGCAAUCAUACCAUGGCGCACUUGUUCUCAAAACUCUCCUUUUGCUACCUGUGCUUUGUGAGUAUCUAUGGAUUGACGUGCCUUUAUACCUUAUACUGGCUGUUCUACCGUUCUCUAAAGGAAUAUUCUUUUGAGUAUGUCCGGCAGGAGACUGGAAUUGAUGAUAUUCCAGAUGUGAAAAAUGACUUUGCUUUUAUGCUUCAUAUGAUAGAUCAAUAUGACCCUCUCUAUUCCAAGAGAUUUGCAGUGUUCCUGUCUGAAGUCAGUGAAAACAAAUUAAAGCAGCUGAACUUAAAUAACGAGUGGACUCCUGAUAAACUGAGACAGAAGCUACAGACGAAUGCCCAUAAUCGACUGGAAUUGCCUCUUAUCAUGCUCUCUGGCCUUCCAGACACUGUCUUUGAAAUCACAGAGUUACAGUCUCUAAAACUGGAGAUCAUUAAGAACGUAAUGAUACCAGCCACCAUUGCGCAGCUAGACAAUCUCCAAGAGCUCUCUCUACAUCAGUGCUCUGUCAAAAUCCACAGUGCGGCGCUCUCCUUCCUGAAGGAAAACCUCAAGGUCUUGAGUGUCAAGUUCGACGACAUGAGGGAGCUGCCCCUCUGGAUGUAUGGACUCCGGAAUCUGGAAGAGCUCUAUCUGGUUGGCUCUCUAAGUCAUGAUAUUUCCAAAAAUAUCACCCUUGAAUCUCUGCGGGAUCUCAAAAGCCUUAAAAUUCUCUCUAUCAAAAGCAACGUUUCCAAAAUCCCUCAGGCAGUGGUUGAUGUUUCCAGCCAUCUCCAGAAGAUGUGUAUACACAAUGAUGGUACCAAACUGGUGAUGCUCAACAACUUAAAGAAGAUGACCAACCUGACAGAGCUGGAACUAGUCCACUGUGACCUGGAGCGCAUUCCUCAUGCCGUGUUCAGCCUGCUCAGCCUGCAGGAACUGGACCUGAAGGAAAAUAAUCUGAAAUCUAUAGAAGAAAUUGUUAGCUUUCAGCACUUGAGAAAGCUGACAGUGCUAAAACUGUGGCAUAACAGCAUCACCUAUAUCCCAGAGCAUAUAAAGAAACUCACCAGCCUGGAACGUCUGUCCUUUAGUCACAAUAAAAUAGAGGUGCUGCCUUCCCACCUCUUCCUAUGCAACAAAAUUCGAUACUUGGACUUAUCCUACAAUGACAUUCGAUUUAUCCCACCUGAAAUCGGAGUUCUACAAAGUUUACAGUAUUUUUCCAUCACUUGUAAUAAAGUGGAAAGCCUUCCAGAUGAACUGUACUUCUGCAAGAAACUUAAAACUCUGAAGAUUGGGAAAAACAGCCUAUCAGUACUUUCACCGAAAAUUGGAAAUUUACUAUUUCUUUCCUAUUUGGAUGUUAAAGGCAAUCACUUUGAAAUUCUCCCUCCUGAACUGGGUGACUGUCGGGCUCUGAAGCGAGCUGGGUUAGUUGUGGAAGAUGCUCUGUUUGAAACUCUGCCUUCUGAUGUCCGGGAGCAAAUGAAAACAGAAUAACUUAUUUUUUGUUAAAGUUUGACUGAAACACGCUUCUACCAAAUACAGUAUAAUAAUUAGGUAGUCUUAAUGCCUUUCCUAUUUUAUUUUUAUGGUUUUUCUUUUUCACACAAAACAAAAUGUACACAAAGACUGAGUAUAAGGAGUAUGUAUUUUUAAUAAAAAUUUAAUUGUAUUUUUCCAAUAUUAAUAUUUUAAAGUUUUAUUUGUCUUGGAACCUGAUGUACCUAUUAUUGUUUUCUACUGACAGAAACAGAUGGUUCCCUCUGUGUUUUGUUUUUGUUUUUUCAGUUCAUUCUUGUGAAAAAGAGGGAAUUAUAAGUCUCGUGUUAUUUGGCAUUUUUUUAAAUAGAUGAAGAUAUUUUGCCAAGGUCAUUUUUAGCUUGUUUACCCCUGUACGGGAUCCUUAUUUUUGUUUUCACUGUGUAUGCACCAAGGAAUCUGUGCUAGCUAUUGUAAUACCAGCCGCCUUCUCCAUUGGCCAAGUCCAUCAUUCUACAGAAAAUUCUUCUCCAGAGGAUAAAUUCACAUAAGUGCAUUGUCACAGAGUAUUAUUUUUAAAUUUUUCCCCUGCCUCCAACAGAAUCCUAAAUUGUGUAUUUCAUAUACCCAACAGUUAUAAUUAUCCUUAGGCGAGAAUUUUGUAAGUGGGUGAAGAAAAUAAUUUUUAGUGGUUUGCAUACUUGAGUUGGUCAUUUAUAAUUUAGCUGAUUUUACCAACAUUUUAAAAAUAUCAUUUAAAAACUGAAAACAGAGGCUCUCUCCACCUCCUUAAUCUCAAUACUGCUAUGUAGUACUGGUGAACUACCUUAGAGAAACUAGAUUUAUUUUAAUAUCCUAGUAGGUAAUUAAAUUUUAAAAUCAUAGAAUUAGAAGCCUGUUUUUUGAGUAAUUUAAUCAUCUUUGAUGUCUUGAUAUGCUAAUGCAUCGAUGGAAAAAAAUUCACCACUAAAGCACUCUGUUAAAGAGCUGGUGUACUCAUCUGACCCUUGCCCUCACUCUGGGCAGUGUGGCAGUGGCAAGCUAUUCAAAUUCUGCCUGUUGCACAAAAUAAUCCUCUUAUAUAUACAUAUAUUAAUUGAUUUUCCUCAAUCGAUUUUCCUGCCCUUGCUCUGAAUGCUAGUGAUGCAAGCACAGGAACUCUAUCUGCUCUCUGGCUUAAAAUAUGUAUCUCUUCUAAAAUGGUUCUGUUAUUUUUUUUAAGUGUGAAUAAAUUGCUACAUGGUCAUCACUUAGCAAUAAUUUUCACCUGAUGUUUGGCAGAACUUUUGUUUGCCUUUGAACUUAAAAAUUAACAAAAUGUGGGGUCAUGGGCAAAAUAUUUUACUAUGAAGCUGUAUAGAACAGGAAAACGAAAUACAAUAUUUGUGCCCUCAAUCCAGCACCAAUACUACUGAUCAUGGGAACUUUGCUUUUAUGUACCAAACUUAUACUGGCCAUUUUCUGAGCCCUAGACUAAUCUAAGAAAGUUUUGUGACUUAACAAUGAAAGAAAGUAGAAAGAUGAUUUGAGGUUUCAAAAUGCUGUUUUUAAAAAUUGCUCCUUGAUCCUGGUGAAUUUGCCCAACGCUACUUUGAAACCUGUACAGAAGGCAAUCAUGGGAACUGCUCAGCAGUUAUGUGUACCUCAGUUUUGUUUUACAUUUUAUGGUAUAUCAUGGGGUAAAGGAUUAGGGAAAGAGAUGAUUUUCAUUUGUUUAAUAACUUAAUCAUUUAGGUCAAAGUGCUCCACAGUUUCUUCCCUAUGUUAAAGUUUUAGAAUGGCGAUUUGUAUAGCUCAUUACUUAUAUCUGGAGCUGAAAUAAUAUGUUUGAAAUAGUAACAUGGUUAUUGUUCUUGUACAAUAAAAUAUUCGAUCCCAGAAUACCGUUCAGAUCCUAAGUAUAAACAAAGUUGUACAUUUAGAAAUAUAGCCCUAUCUAUUUAAAACAAUUUAUUGGCAGAUUGUCCAUGAUUGAGCAUGACAAAAAUACCCUGUUGAAACGUAAGCUUAGGUAACUGCUGGAAAAACACUGGGUGCACUAUUUUUCUGGAUAAAAUUUAUAGUUAUUUUCUAUAUCACCCUUCAAAAGGGAUCUAUUCAGGUUAAAAAUCAUAUUUAUGCUGAAGUCCUUAUAUGGUGUUAACCAAUAAUUUCAUAUGGGUUUGUAACCGAAAUAAGUCAUUAAUUAUUCACUCGUAAUAAUUUGUUCAAAAUUCCUAAAGAAUUUGAUUUGUUUUUUAAAUGAUUUUGCAGGCUGACCCCCAACCUAAGUUUUAAAAAACAUGCAGUAAGUCAGUAUAGUUCUAUUUUAACUAGGAGAAAAUUCAUAAAUGUUUCUAUUAAAUUUUAUAAAAAUUCAAAAGUCACUUAAUUUUGAGACUAUAUUUCCUGACUCUGUCCCUUUUUAAUAUUGUAAGUCUGCGUUCAUGUUCUUAAGUAAAAAGCGUUUAAUUACUAUUUAGCUUUUAAAUGGGAAACUCAGGUAAAUGAACUUCUGACUUUUCUAAAGUUCUUUAACUGAUCAACUCAGCAUAUAGGGGUAUUUACCUAACCACUUUCUGUAUUUUACAAGUGCUCUUGCUAAAAAGGAACAGCUAGUUCUGUUUCUCCAUCCUCUGUAGGAUUCAAGAGCAACUGUUUGUGUAAAUAUAAAAGCACCAUAUGUAUUCUUAACUCCUAUGACUGCUUGAAUGUCAUGAUGGGUAAGCUUUUUGGUCAGUUUUAAUGGUUAAAUACAGAACAAACAAGUUUGCUGAUGGUCUGGUUGAAAGGGAACAUAUAACUAUAUCCCAAAGGAACCCACAUAAGAAGGCCACAGCUCAGAAAACUAUUGGUAUGUGUUGGGUUUUGUUUUGUUUUAUUUUUUAACACAGCACCUUUAAUAUAAAAGUUCUUGAUACAGUGAAAUCUGUUAUUUACAGUCAUGAAUUUUUUUUAUUUUUCAUCCACCUCUUUCCCUGCCGUUGUAUUUCCCAGCUAGCUUAAUGAGUUGUAACAAUUUUCAUGGGAUCUUUUGCAGCAGGUAUUGCUUUUUCAGAAAGGCUUGGAAAAUAUGCCUGCUGUGAGUAUUUUGUUCAUUUAGAGUGCCUCCUUACCUGGCUUUCAAGCCAUCUUUGUGAAGGGGCACUUAAAUUAUGUGGAAUCUUCCUUGGGUUACUAGGGAUAAGGGAAGUCCAAGUUCUUGCAGUUUUAUGAUUUCUGGCAUUAAGGAAGAGAAAACAAAAUCUUCUUAUCUCUUGUUAACAUAUCCCCCAAGAGGGUUUUGCUGUUGUUUAUUUUCUACUAUAAGAAAACGUCCACUCUUUCAGCACCACUCUCCCAAGUAAGCCAUGGGCCGGCCCUAGAAAAUGUCCACUCUUUAAGUAGUUUAUUUUACUCUCUAAUCUAAUUCAUACCACAUACAUGAUCAAUGGUAAUGAUAUGUUUAUUUCAAUAGUGAACAUUCAGGGCGCAUCAUCAUGAAAACUGUCAACAGUACUUAGUAGUGAUCAGAUAAGAUAAAUUUUAAUAUAAUUUUAAAUUUUUUUGGAGACUAAAUUAAGGUUCAAUUAGUAUUCUCCCAUGAAACCUUGAUGCCAUAAUGCUAUUCAAACAGUUCACACUUUUGGUAGGAUCGUAAAACUCCAUACUAACCUUAAGUUAGCAAAAUAAAUUAGCAAAACAGCAUAGCUAUUUGUGAGGAGACUGCUUAAAGGGUCUAUAAGAUUUUCUCGUUUUUUUCUUGUCUAUUUAGAAACACUGUAACAAAACUCGGAUAAUCUUGACCAGACCUGCCAUGAUUUUUUCAGAUUUAGGCCUCAGGGACCUGAUUCUGAUAUGCCAGCGUUCCAAAGUAGGUAUCCACUCAUAUUCCAUCUUCCUAGAGAUGGCAGGUCUUGUAACUUUGGACAACUUAAUUUCUUGGCCACGUUAAAUAACGGUUCCUAUGCAUGGUUUCAAAUGUGGUGUAAAUUUGCUUCUUUCUUCUGAAUCCCCCCCACACACACCUUAUUCUGUCUCUUUAAUGAGUAUUUUUACUGGGGCCAAAACUCCAGGCCUUAUGUGCUUGCUCAGUUUUCCUUCUGCUGCUUGUGUCCUCUCACUGGUCUCUGUGUAUUCACAUUGAGUCAGUUGCUGGCAAAACCUCUAAGACUGUCAAGAAAAUGCUUGAGAGUUGAUUUGUCAUAGUGCAAAUUCAUGAUAUAAUGUCUUGAUGUUAUUUGGCUAUGUAGUACAUUGGAACAGAAAAUAAAGUCAUUUUUGUACCUUAAAA